CCUAAUUCCAAACUCUGCUGAGUUGGGAUGGGGGACAGUGCCAGUCUGCAGUAAGCGUUUAGUGCUGGCCUGUGUUGGUGAUACUGAGAUAUGUAAAAGAUAGUUCCUGAUUCCCAGUAGCAUUAGCAUACUGGGGAGACAGACAUACAGGAAUCUAAUAUGAGAAUACUAGGGCGGAAUGGGGCAGGGCAGGAGAGAGACACUGAAAAGGAAGAUUUGUCAAGAAAAGCCUUUAUUUUAGGAAGUUGAAAGAGACCUAGAAAGAAGGGUAAUAUUUAGAGAAAUGGAGAAGGCGGGAGGGGAGCUGAAGCAGGGAUGGGGAGAACUAGAGCAAGGGUGAGGUACUCUGGGGCGGAGGGGGUGAGCAUCUGUGUAGUAUGUACCAGGCUUGCGCCGGGUGACUUACACACAGGAAUGCACUUGCUCCUCUCGAUGGCCUGUGAGGUGGGUUGUAGUGUUUCUGUUUUAUAGAUGAGGAACAAGCUCAGAAAGGUUAAAUAACUUACCUACGAAAACGCUGGUCAGUGGCAGGGGCAGUGCCUGCAGCCAGAUAUCCAGUUCUUCCCGGUUUCUGUAUGUUGUCAUCUCACCUACGCCUGGUCCCCACGAGAGUCCAGCUUGUUCGUUCCCUGGUCCGCAGUCCUUCCUGUUCCUUCAUGGACCUGAAGGCUCUCCUUUCCUCCUUGAAUGACUUUGCAUCCCUCUCCUUUGCUGAGAGUUGGGACAAUGUUGGAUUACUGGUGGAGCCAAGCCCACCACACACGGUGAACACACUCUUCCUGACCAACGAUUUGACCGAAGAAGUGAUGGAGGAGGCACUGCAGAAGAAGGCUGAUUUCAUUCUCUCCUACCAUCCGCCCAUUUUCCGGCCCAUGAAGCGCAUAACCUGGAAAACCUGGAAGGAGCGCCUGGUGAUCCGCGCUCUGGAGAACAGAAUCGCCAUUUACUCUCCCCACACGGCCUAUGAUGCCGCCCCCCAAGGGGUCAACAACUGGCUGGCUAAAGGGCUCGGCGUUUGCACCUCCAGGCCUAUACAUCCUUCCAAAGCACCCAACUACCCAACAGAGGGAACACACAGGGUAGAAUUUAAUGUUAACCACACCCAAGACCUGGACAAAGUCAUGUCUACAGUGAAAGGAAUUUCGGAUGUUUCUGUCACUUCCUUUUCUGCUAGGACUGAUGAUGAGGAACAGACGCGGGUCAGUCUGAACUGUAGUCAGCAGGCUUUGAUGCAGGUGGUGGCUUUCCUUUCCCAGAACAAACAGCUUUAUCAGAAGACUGAAAUUCUGUCACUGGAGAAGCCUCUGCUGCUGCACACUGGAAUGGGACGGUUAUGCACCCUGGAUGACUCUGUCUCCUUGGCAACCUUGAUUGAGCGAAUCAAAAGGCACCUAAAACUAUCUCAUGUUCGCCUUGCUCUUGGGGCAGGGAGGACCUUAGAGUCCCAAGUCAAAGUGGUGGCUCUGUGCGCUGGCUCUGGGAGCAGUGUUCUGCAGGGGGCAGAGGCCGACCUCUACCUCACAGGUGAGAUGUCCCAUCAUGAUGUUUUAGAUGCUGCUUCCCAAGGAAUAAAUGUCAUCCUCUGUGAACACAGCAACACUGAACGAGGCUUUCUUUCCGAUCUUCGAGAUGCGCUGAGUGUUCACUUGGAGAAUAAGAUUAAUAUUAUCCUGUCAGAAGCAGACAGGGACCCUCUUCAGGUGGUGUGAUGCAUACGGCACAGAGUGACAUCUACUUUACAAAUCGUUUCCCUCCUCCUCAAACGCACAUGAUCAGUGGAGUCUGUAUCCUUCUGGAAGAAUGUUUAGAAUGUACAUUGUCAUUUCUGGUUUGUUAAUCUGCUUCACCAAAUGUUCUAUAGUUUUUAGGGUAAACACUGUAAUGUAACUAUUAUUAAAGAACAGAUAUUUAGCCCUGGCUGGGUCGCUUAGUUUUGAGGAACUUCAAUAUGUUUUUACUGGGAAAAAAAUAUUAUAAAUAAAAGUGAUUCUAUCCAAAUUGGAAUUUUAUUAAUAAUAAAGACUAUUGACAUAUUCUUCUUGCAAAUAGUAUAGGCACAAAAAUUAUAAAAAUAAACUAGUGGAUAUUUAAGGGCAAAUGUAAAGUUUACACAUUAGAUCAUUAAAGAUUUUGUGUACUUUUUUAUACUGCAAGUUAUAAACUAGAUAUGUUAAU